ACAACUGAAGAAAAUGUUUCUUAUUAACGGUUUAUUCUACUUGUCCUGUGGGCAUCUGAUUGGUGUGUUUGUUCAAUCGGUUUCAGUAUUAGAGGAAGGUUCUGUGACUCUAAGCACUGGUGUUACCGAAAUACAUGAGGAUGAUGAUGUACAGUGGAGUUAUGGAGGUGGACACUCUCUGAUUGCUGAAAUCAGCGGUGAGGCUAAAAUCUUCUCCACAUACAAUGGUCCGGACGGGAGAUUCAGAGACAGACUGAUGCUGGACAACAAUACUGGAUCUCUGACCAUCAUGAACAUCAGAACUGAACAUGCUGGAGAUUAUGAAGUGAAGAUCAGUGGAUUGAAGCUGACAACAAAAACAUUCAAGGUUUCUGUUUAUGCUCGUCUGUCUCCUCCUGUCAUUGACAGAGUCUGUUCAGCAUCUUUCUCAAAGUGUUCAGUGCUGUGUUCAGUGGUGAAUGUGAGUGCUGUGAGUCUCUCCUGGUACAAAGGAAACAGUGUAUUGUCCAGCAUCAGUGUGUCUGAUCUCAGCAUCAGUCUCUCUCUACCUCUGGAGGUGGAAUAUCAGGAUAACAACACCUACAGCUGUGUGAUCAACAACACCAUCAGCAACCAGACCACACAUCUGGACAUCAACACACUCUGUCAGACAUGUCCAGUCGCCACACAUGAGAAAGACGGAAAUCAUUCAGCAUGGUGUAAACCAAAAAUGAAAUCAAAGGACCCCGUGUAUGAAAAUGUCCCUAAAAAACGAUGA